CCUUUGCAAUACUCAUCUCAGUGGUUGGCCUUCUGUGGGUGAGCAGCGCAGGAUCUAGGCUGAAGCCCUGAGGCUUCAGUGACAAAAUCUGUUUUUCAUAAUGCGAUCUGUCUUAAUUGUCCUCAAGAAUUAGUAUUUGAGUGCUCUCUAGAUUCUCCUUUGUCACCCUUCCUUUCUUCCUUCCUUCCUUCCUUUCUUCCUUCUUUCCUUCGUUCUCUCCUUCCUUCUUUUCUUUCUUUUUUUGAGACGGAGUCUUGCUCUGUCGCCCAGGCUGGAGUUUGGUGGCACGAUAUCAGCUCACUGCAACAUCCACCUCCCGGGUUCAAGCGAUUCUCCUGUCUCAGCCUUUGGAGUAGCUGGGACUACAGGCGCGCACCACCACGCCCAACUAAUUUUUGUAUUUUUAGUAGAGACAGGGUUUCACCAUGUUGGCCAGGCUGGCCUCAAACUCCUGACCUCAAGUGAUCUGCCCGCCUCAACCUCCCAAAGUGCUGGGAUUACAGGUGUGAGCCACCGCGCCCGGCCGUCACUUUUCUUCAAUCUCACUGGUGCUCGCGAGCUGAAGGGUCAGGACGGACUAGAGGCAAGCAAUCCCGGUGGCACCAGGCAUUCCCCGACCCGCCCGGGUCGCCAGCUGCACGGACCCUGGGCAGAUGCGCGCAGCGGCUGCGGCACAGGGCGGGGAGCGGCUGCUCGGCCCCAUCCUAAGGCAGCAGAAUGCCCAGAGCUGGUCCCUGGCUCCGGGCGCAGGCCGAGUAGGAGCUGGGCGGGCAGCGGCGUCGGGCAGGCCCUUCCAGCCGGGCUGACAGGCCUCUCUGACCCAGCCAUCAGACUCCGCUUGCGUCCUGGCAGCGCGGACCCUAGGGCAACUUCGCUGCAGUGGCCAAGCCGGGGGCGGAACUGGCCUGUACCCCUGAACCGAGCAAGCCUAGGAGCAGGUGCGCCGGCGGCGCUGUGAAGCGGCACUCAUGACAGGCAGGCUGGGCGCCGCCACCCCGAAACCUCCCAGGGAGGACCAGCCAGCCCAGGUUGGCGCUGGCGCCACCAGCAGGCCAAGGAGUCUUUUUCUGGGAGGCUGGAGCUGCAGCGCCACCUGCAGGCCAAGGAGUCUUUUUCUGGGAGGCUGGAGCUGCAGCGCCACCUGCAGGCCAAGGAGUCUUUUUCUGGGAGGCUGGAGCUGCAGUUGCAGUGAAGUCACAGGUUCCGUGACGUCACAGGUGGGCAGGCGCACUGGUCUGUAACGGAUUGGCUUGGCCUUAUCCGCGAGGCUUUGCGGUGGCUGCUUGGCUUGGCGGUGGUCGCUUGGCUUGGCGUGGCAGUGAUCGCUUGGCUUGGCAUUUCUGGCUUGGUGGUCCUCCUUUCGCAGAUUGGAAACCGCGGGCUAUCCUGCUGGGAGGUUGUGGCCGAGGCAGUAGCUCGCUACUGAUGGCCUCCUGGGGUGGAGAAAAGCGGGGAGGGGCUGAGGGGUCUCCGAAGCCGGCAGUCUACGCCACGAGGAAGACCCCUAGCGUCGGGAGCCAGGGGGACCAGUGGUACUUGGGCUACCCGGGAGACCAGUGGUCCUCGGGCUUCUCCUACAGCUGGUGGAAACACAGCGUCGGCAGCGAGAGCAAGCACGGUGAGGGCGCCUUAGACCAGCCCCAGCACGAUGUCCGCCUGGAAGCUCCUGGCGAGCUCCACAGAGCUGCCCGGUCGGGCGACGUCCCUGGGGUGGAGCACGUCUUGGCUCCUGGAGACACUGGCGUGGACAAGAGGGAUAGGAAGAAGAGCAUUCAGCAACUAGUUCCUGAAUAUAAGGAAAAACAGACACCUGAAAGUCUUCCUCAAAAUAACAAUCCAGAUUGGCAUCCUACUAAUUUGACCCUUAGUGAUGAGACUUGUCAGAGAUCCAAGAAUCUGAAAGUUGAUGAUAAAUGUCCAUCUGUAUCACCAUCAAUGCCUGAAAAUCAGUCAGCAACCAAAGAACUGGGACAGAUGAACUUAACAGAACGAGAAAAGAUGGACACUGGAGUUGUACUUCUCUCAGGGAAUGAUACUCUCCAUGACCUGUGCCAAUCACAGCUACCAGAAAACAAAGAGAGCAAAGAAGCAGAACAAGACUUGGAGCUGACAUCAGAGGAAGAGCAAGAAAGACUUAAAGGAUGCGAAAAUAAGCAGCCACAGAAAACGUCUCAAGAACCAGAAAUGGCUAAGGAUUGUGAUAGAGAGGAUAUACCUGUAUAUCCAGUACUUCCUCAUGUGCAAAAAUCUGAGGAAAUGUGGAUUGAACAAGGCAAAUUAGAGUGGAAAAACCAAUUAAAACUCAUCAUAAAUGAGUUAAAGCAGAGGUUUGGUGAAAUUUAUGAAAAAUACAAAAUUCCGGCUUGUCCUGAGGAAGAGCCACUACUUGAUAACUCUACAAGAGGAACAGACGUAAAGGAUAUUCCCUUUAAUUUGACAAAUAACAUACCUGGUUGUGAGGAAGAAGAUGCAUCUGAAAUAUCUGUCUCAGUGGUAUUCGAGACAUUUCCUGAACAAAAAGAACUCAGUCUCAAAAAUAUCAUCCAUCCAUACUAUCAUCCGUACUCUGGGUCCCAAGAACAUGUUUGCCAGUCAUCUUCUAAGCUUCAUUUACAUGCAAAUAAAUUAGACUGCGACAAUGAUAACAAACCAGGCAUUGGACAUAUUUUUAGUACAGAUAAGAACUUUCAUAAUGAUGCAAGCACUAAGAAAGCAAGGAACCCAGAAGUGGUUACGGUUGAAAUGAAAGAAGACCAAGAGUUUGAUUUGCAAAUGACAAAAAAUAUGAACCAAAAUAGUGACAGUGGCAGUACAAAUAACUAUAAAAGCCUGAAACCUAAAUUAGAAAAUCUGAGUUCUUUACCACCAGAUUCUGACAGAACAUCAGAAGUAUAUCUACAUGAAGAAUUACAGCAAGACAUGCAAAAGUUUAAGAAUGAGGUCAACACAUUAGAAGAGUUCCUGGCUUUGAAGAAAGAAAAUGUUCAACUUCAUAAAGAGGUUGAAGAAGAAAUGGAGAAGCACAGAAGUAAUAGCACAGAAUUAUCAGGAACCCUAACUGAUGGUACUACUGUUGGCAAUGAUGAUGAUGGACUAAAUCAGCAGAUUCCUAGGAAGGAAAAUGGAGAGUAUGACAGGCCUGCAGAUAAAACAUCUAAUGAAAAGAACGAGGUCAAAAACCAAAUAUAUCCUGAGGCUGACUUUGCUGACUCAGUGGAGCCAUCUGAAAUAGCCUCAGAGGAUUGUGAAUUGUCUCACUCUGUUUAUGAGAAUUUUAUGUUGCUGAUUGAACAACUUAGAAUGGAGUAUAAAGAUUCUGCUAGCCUACCAAGAAUCCAAGACACAUUUUGUUUGUGUGAACACUUACUGAAACUUAAGAAUAAUCACUGUGACCAACUUACAGUAAAACUUAAACAAAUGGAAAAUAUGGUCAGUGUACUACAAAAUGAGCUAUCUGAAACAAAAAAGACAAAAUUACAGUUAGAACUUCAAAAAAUUGAAUGGGAGAAAGAGCUGUACGAUUUGAGACUUGCCUUAAAACAAGAAAAUGAGGAGAAAAGAAAUGCCGAUAUGUUGUAUAAUAAAGGUAGUGAACAGUUAAGAAUAAAAGAAGAGGAGUGUGGGAAAGUGGUUGAAACAAAGCAACAACUUAAAUGGAAUCUGAGAAGACUUGCUAAGGAAUUGAGGACAGUAAGAAAUAACUUGGAUCUGGUUGUGCAGGAGAGAAACGAUGCCCAGAAGCAACUUUCUGAAGAACAGGAUGCCAGAAUAUUACAAGAUCAGAUUCUGACGAGUAAACAAAAGGAACUAGAAAUGGCUCAAAAGAAAAUGAAUUCUGAGAUUUCUCAUAGGCAUCAGAAAGAAAAGGAUCUCUUUCAUGAAAAUUGCAUGUUGCAGGAAGAAAUUGCCUUGCUGAGACUGGAAAUAGAUACAAUAAAAAAUAAGAACAAGCAAAAGGAAAAGAAAUAUUUUGAGGACAUUGAGGUUGUGAAAGAAAAGAAUGAUAACCUUCAAAAAAUUAUAAAACUAAAUGAGGAAACAUUAACCGAAACAAUACUCCAGUACAGUGGACAGCUGAACAAUCUGACAGCUGAGAACAAAAUACUCAAUUCUGAACUGGAGAAUGGGAAACAGAACCAAGAAAGACUAGAAAUAGAAAUGGAAUCAUACCGUUGUAGACUGGCUGCUGCUGUACGUGACUGUGAUCAAAGUCAGACAGCAAGAGACCUAAAACUUGAUUGCCAGAGAACAAGACAAGAGUGGGUUCGUUUACAUGACAAAAUGAAGGUUGAUAUGUCUGGCCUACAAGCUAAGAAUGAGAUUCUUUCUGAAAAACUUUCUAAUGCUGAAAGUAAAAUUAACAGCCUACAAAUUCAGCUCUAUAACACAAGAGAUGCUCUUGGAAGAGAGAGUUUGAUUUUGGAACGUGUGCAAAGAGACCUCAGCCAAACACAGUGUCAGAAGAAAGAAACUGAACAAAUGUACCAAAGCAAACUGAAGAAAUACAUUGCCAAGCAGGAAUCUGUAGAGGAGAGAUUAUCUCAACUACAAAGUGAAAAUAUGUUGCUUCGACAGCAACUGGAUGAUGCUCACAAGAAAGCUAACAGUCAAGAAAAGACAAUCAGUACUAUCCAAGACCAGUUUCAUUCUGCUGCCAAAAAUCUUCAAGCUGAGAGUGAAAAGCAGAUUCUUUCACUACAAGAGAAGAACAAGGAGCUGAUGGAUGAAUAUAAUCAUUUAAAAGAAAGAAUGGAUCAAUGUGAGAAAGAGAAAGCAGGAAGAAAAAUUGACCUUACAGAAGCACAGGAAACUGUACCUUCACGAUGUCUACAUCUGGAUGCAGAGAAUGAAGUUCUUCAACUUCAACAGACAUUAUUCUCUAUGAAAGCAAUACAAAAGCAAUGUGAAACACUACAGAAGAAUAAGAAGCAGCUGAAACAAGAAGUAGUAAACCUCAAAAGUUAUAUGGAAAGAAAUAUGUUAGAACGUGGUGAAGCUGAAUGGCAUAAACUGUUGAUUGAAGAAAGAGCAAGGAAGGAGAUAGAAGAAAAAUUAAACGAAGCCAUUCUCACCUUGCAGAAACAAGCAGCAGUAUCUCAUGAACAGUUAGUACAGUUAAGGGAGGAUAAUACUACUUCAAUAAAAACUCAGAUGGAACUCAGAAUCAAAGAUCUGGAAUCUGAAAUCUCCAGAAUGAAAACUUCACAAGCCGACUUUAAUAAAACCGAAUUGGAAAGAUAUAAGGAACUCUACCUAGAAGAAGUAAAAGUUAGAGAAUCCUUGUCAAAUGAACUCAGUAGAACUAAUGAGAUGAUAGCAGAGGUCAGUACGCAACUUACUGUGGAGAAAGAGCAGACCAGAUCCAGAUCUCUAUUCACUGCUUAUGCUACAAGGCCAGUCCUAGAGUCACCUUGCGUUGGAAAUCUUAAUGCUAGUGAAGGUCUCAACAGAAAACAUAUUCCAAGAAAAAAGAGGUCUGCUCUUAAGGACAUGGAGAGCUACUUGUUGAAGAUGCAGCAGAAGUUGCAAAAUGAUCUAACUGCAGAAGUAGCAGCUGCUACUAAAUAUGAACCUGGAUCCAAUAUAGCUUCUCCUCUAGGAUUUACACACAAGGAAAAUCUGAAUCAAGAUCCAGUUUUGGAAGUAACAAAAGAAUAUGCACAGAUUUUAAGAAGAAAAUACAUACUCUGAAAGAUAAGGCAAUUUUAUUUGGGCUAUUCACAUGAUAUUUUGUUUCCCAUUAAAUAUAUGAUGUGAACAUUUUUACUAAAGGGAAAUAUUCUAUAUUAUACAUGUCUGAUGAAAAUUUAUAUAGUAUUUUAAAUAAUGUUUCUUGGCCUCUUCAGCUAACUUUUAAAUAGAUUUUGCAAAUGAAAACCAGUAUUACUGAGUUUUACAUACUCGAACUGCCCAAAUGUUAGCUGUUUAAACAGCCAAAUAAUCAAGUUGCCAUUAAUAAUUUAGUGGAGCCAAUUGAUGGCUUGUUUGUAUUUUAUAAUUUUAUCUUUAUACAUAGUGAUAGAUUUAAGUUUAGAUAGACAUCAUUUUGGUAUACUGGUACUGUGGUCAUUGUCAAUGUUUGGAUGUAUUACAAUUGUUAUAGUGCAAUCGAACUUAGAUAAUUUUAAUUUUAAGCACUAAUUUAUUUAGAUCUUUCCUUGUGGAAAAAUAAGGUUUGCCUAAGGCUUUUUGCUUUUUUAUUUAUUGUUUCAUUUCUUUAUUAGAUUAACUUUUGGGAAACAGUCUUAAAAUUGGAGAAAAUUUCCACAUUUUAGGAAAAACAACUUUCCCCCUGUGGGCCAUUUGAGAGUAAAUUGCUGACAUUAUGCCAUCACAUCUGGUAUGUGGGUAUUCCCACAAGUCAGGACAUUUUAUAUAACUACUUCAUAAUCAGAAAGUUAACAUCAAUACACUUGUUUAACAUUUAAUUCUCAGUUUCUUUUCAAGUUUUCUUAAUUGUCUAUAAUGUUCUUUGUAGCAGAAGGAUCCCAUUCAGGUCCAUGAAUUUCAUUUAGUUGUCAUGACUCUUUCAGUCUGGAACAGUUCCUCAAUUUUUCUUUGACCUUUAUGACCUUAAAUCUUUUGAAGAGUAAAGUCCAAUAAUACAGAAUGUCCCUCCAUUGGAUUUCUCCGAAUUUUUUUUAUGAUAAGAUUUAGAUGAUAAUUUUUUUUUUUGGCAAGAGUAUCACAGAAGUUAUCCCAUGAUCUUCUCACUGCAUUCUAUCAGGUGACCUGCAAUUAUUAGUAUUUUUUAUUUUCAUCUUUUAAGUUCAGGGGUACAUGUGCAGGAUGUGCAGGAUGUCCAGGUUUGUUACAUAGGUAAAUAUGUGCCAUGGUGGUUUGCUGCACAGAUCAUCCCAUCACCUAGGUAUUAAUAAUAGCCCAGCAUCCAUUAGCUGUUCUUCACGAUGCUCUCCCUUCUCUCACCCGCCACCAUCCCACAUGCCCCUGUGUGUGUUGUUCCCCGCCAUGUGUCCAUGUGUUCUCAUUAUUCAGCUCCCACUUGUAAGUGAGAGCAUGCAGUAUUUCAUUUUAUAUUUCUGCGUUGGUUUGCUGAGGAUAAUGCUCUGCAGCUCCACCCAUGUCCCUGCAAAGGACAUGUCUCAUUCCUUUUCAUGGCUGCAUAGUAUUCCAUGGUGUAUAUGUACCACAUUUUCUUUAUCCAGUUUAUCAUUGAUGGGCUUUUAGGUUGAUUCUUUGUCUUUGCUGUUGUGAAUAGUGCUGCAAUGAACAUACGUGUGCAUGUAUCUUUAUACUAGAAUUAGUUAUAUUCCUUUGGGUAUAUACCAAGUAAUGGGAUUGCUGGGUUAAAUGGUAUUUCAGGUUCUAGAUCUUUGAGGAAUCACCACACUGUCUUCCACACUGGUUGAACUAAUUUACACUCCUAUCAACAGUGUAAAAGCAUUCCUGUUUCUCCAUAAUCUUGCCAGCAUCUUUUCAUUUUUUUGAAUUAUAGCCAUUCUGACUGUUGUGAGAUGGUGUCUCAUUGUGGUUUUGAUUUGCAUUUCUCAGAUGAUCAGUGAUGUUGAGGUUUUUUUGUUUGUUGGCUGCAUGUAUGCCUUCUUUUGAAAAGUGUCUGUUUGUGUCCUUUGACCACUUUCUAAUGGGGUUGAGUUUUUUUUUCUUGUAAAUUUGUUUAAGUUCCUUGUAGAUGCUGGAUAUUAGACCUUUGUCAGAUGGAUAGAGUGCAAAAAUUUUCUCCCAUUCUGUAGGUUGUCGGUUUACUCUGUUGAUAGGUUCUCAAUGCUGUGCAGAAGCUCUUUAGUUUAUUUAGAUCCCAUUUGUCAAUUUUGGCUUUUGUUGCAAUUGCUUUUGGCAUCUUCGUCAUGAAAUCUUUGCCCUUGCCUGUGUCCUGAAUGGCAUUGCCUAGGUUUUCUUCCAGGAUUUUUAUAGUUUUGGGUUGUAGAUUUAAGUCUUUAAUCCAUCUUGAGUUAACUUUUGUAUAUGGGUUAAGGAAGGGGUCCAGUUUCAAUUUGCUGCAUGUGGCUAGCCAGUUCUCCCAGCACCAUUUAUUAAAUAGGGAAUCUUUUCCCCAUUGCUUCCUUUUGUCAGGUUUGUCAAAGAUCACAUGGUUGUAGGUGUGUGGUCUUAUUUCUGGGUUCUCUAUUCUGUUCCAUUGGUCUAUGUGUCAGUUCUUGUGCCAGCACCACGCUGUUUUGGUUACUGUAGUCUUGUAGUAUAUUUUGAAGCUGGGUAGCAUGAUGCCUCUAGCUUUGCUCUUCUUGCUUAGGAUUGUCUUGGCUAUUUGGGCUCUUUUUUGGUUCCAUAUGAAUUUUAAAAUAGCUUUUUCUAGGUCUUAAAGAAUGUCAAUAGUAGUUUAAUGGGCCUAGCAUUUAAUUUACAGAUUGCCUUGGGCAGUGUGGUCAUUUUCACGAUAUUGAUCCUUCCUGUCUGUGAGCAUAUGUUUUUCCAUUUGUUUGUGUCAUCUUUGAUUUCUUUGAAUAAUGGUUUAUAGUUAUCCUUGAAAAGGUCCUUCACUUUUCUUGUUAGCUGUAUUCCUAGGUAUUAUACUCUUCUUGUGGCAAUUGUGAAUGGGAGUUAAUUCAUGAUUUUUCUCUCGGCUUGCCUGUUGUUGGUGUAUAGGAAUGCUAGUGACUUUUGCACAUUGAUUUUGUAUCCUGAGACUUUGUUGAAGUUGCUUAUCAGCUAAGAAGUUUUUGAGCUGAGAUGAUGGAGUUUUCUAGAUAUAGGAUCAUAUCAUCUGCAAACAAAGAUAGUUUGACAUCCUGUCUUCCUAUUUGAAUAGCUUUUCUUUCUUUCUCUUGCCUGAUUGCCUUGGUGAGAAUUUCUAAUACUGUGUUGAAUAGGAGUGGUGAGAGAGGGCAUCUUUGUCUUGUGUCAGUUUUCAAGGGAAUGCUUCCAGGUUUUCAGGUACUCAGGCAACAAAUAGCGUUAAGAAUAGAAUAGUACCUCACAACUCAAUGCUAAUGUUGAAUGUAAAUGGCCUAAAUGCUCCACUUAAAAGAUAUAGAAUGGCAGAAUGGGUAAGAAUUCACCAACCAAGUUGCUGCUGUCUUCAGGAGACUCACCUAACACAUACAGACUCACAUAAACUUAAGGCAAAGGGUUGGAAAAAGACACUUCGUCUAAAUGGACACAUCAAAAGCAAGCAGGAGUAGCUGUUCUUAUAUCAGACAAAAUGGACUUUAAGACAACAGCAGUUUUAAAAAGACAAAGAGGGACAUUAUAUAAUGAUAAGAGGACUAGUUCAACAGGAAAAUAUCACAGUCCUAAAUAUAUAUGCACCUAAUACUGGAGAUCCCAAAUUUAUAAAACAAUUACUACUAGACAUAAGAAAUGAGGUAGUUGGCAACACAAUAAUAGUGGGGGAUGUUAAUACUCCGCUGGCAGCACUAGGCAGAUCACCAAGACAGAAAGUCAACAAAGAAACAAUGGACUUAAACUAUACCCUAGAACAAAUGGACUUAACAGAUACUUACAGAACAUUCUACCCAACAAGCAUAGAAUAUACAUUGUAUACAUCAGAACACGGGACAUUCUCAAAAAUAGACCAUAUUAUAGGGCACAAAACAAGUCUCAGUAAAUUUAAGAAAAUCAGAAUUAUAUCAAGUACUCUCUCAGACUACAGUGGAAUAAAAUUGGAAAUUAAUUCCAAAAGGAACACUCAAAAGCAUGCAAAUACAUGGUAAUUAAAUAACCUACUCCUGAAUGAUUGUUGGGUCAACAAUGAUAUCAAGAGGGAAAUUUAAAAAUUCUUUGAACUGAACGAUAAUAGUGACACAACCUAUCAAAAACUCUGGGAUACAGCAAAAGUGGAGCUAAGAAGAAAAUUCAUAGCAUUAAAUGCCUGUAUCAAAAAGUCUGAAAGAGCACAAAUAAACAAUCUAAGGUCACACCUCACAGAAUUGGAGAAACUAGAACAGUCCAAAUCCAAACCCAGCAGAAGAAAAGAAAUAACAAAAUCAGAACAAAACUAAAUGGAAUUGAAACAAAAAAAUACAACAGAUAAAUGAAACAAAAAGCUGGUUCUUUGAAAAGAUAAAUAAAAUUGAUAAGCAUUAGCAAGACUAAUCAAGAAAAGAAGAGAGAAGAUCCAAAUAAGCUCUAUUAGAAAUGAAAUGGGAGAUAUUACCACUGAUACCACAGAAAUACAAAAGAUUAUUCAAGACUACUAUGAACAUCUUCACAUCCAUAAACUAGAAAACCUACAGGAGAUCGAUAAAUUCCUGGAAAUAUACAACCCUCCUGGAUUAAAUUAGGAAGAUAUAGAAACUCUGAACAGACCAAUCAGAAGCAGCAAGAUUGAAAAUGGUAAUUUAAAAAUUGCCAACAACAAAAAAGUCCAGGACCAGAUGGAUUCACACCUGAAUUCUAUCAGACAUUCAAAGAAUUGGUACCCAUCCUAUUAACACUAUUUCACAGGAUAGAGAAAGAGAAAUCUUCCCUAAAUCAUUUGAUGAAACCAAAAUCACCAUGAUAUGGUUUGGCUCUGUGUCCCCACCCAAAUCUCAUCUUGUAGCUCCCAUAAUUCCCACAUGUUGUGAGAAGGACCCAGUAGGAGAUGAUUGAAUCAUGAGGGCGGGUCUUUUCCAUGCUGUUCUCAUGACAGUGAGUGAGUGUCACAAGAUCUGAUGGUUUUAAAAACAGGACUUUCUCUACACAAGCUCUUUCUUUUUGCCUGCUGCCAUCCACGUAGGAUGUGACUUGCUCUUCCUUGACUCCACCAUGACUUUGAGGCCUCCCCAAAUAUGUGGAACUGUAAGUCAAAUAAACCUCUUUCUUUUGUAAAUUGCCCAGUCUCAGGUAUGUCUUUAUCAGCAGUGUGAAAAUGGACUAAUACACACCCUAAUACUGAAACAGACUAAUAGACACUCUAAUACCAAAAGCAAGGAAGGACAUAAUGAGAAAAGAAAGCUACAGACCAACAUCCCUGAUGAACAGAGAUGCAGUAAUCCUCAAAAAAAUACUAGCUAGCUGAAUCUAACAACAUAUCAAAAAGAUAAUCCAUCAUGAUCAAGUGGGUUUCAUACCAGGGAUGCAGGGAUGGUUUAACAUCUACAAGUCAAUAAAUGCGAUACACUACAUAAACAGAAUUAAAAAACAAAAGUCACAUGAUCAUCUCAAUAGAUGCAGAAAAACCACUUGAGAAAAUCCAGCAUCCUUAUUUUAUUAAGACCCUCAGCAAAAUCAGCAUAGAAGGGACAUACAUUAAGGUAACAAAAGCCAUCUAUGACAAACCCACAGCCAGCAUUAUACUGAACAGGGAAAAGUUGAAAGCAUUCCUCCUGAAAACUGGAAGAAGACAAGAUUGCCCACUUUCUCCACUUCUAUUCAACAUGGUACUGGAAGUUCUAGCCAGAGCAAUCAGACAAGAGAAAGAAAUCAAGGGCAUCCAAAGUGGUAAAGAAGAAGUCUGCCUAUUGCUGUUUCCCAAUGAUGUGAUUGUAUACCUAGAAAACCCUAAAGACUCAUCCAAAAAGCUUCUAGAACUGGUAAAUGCAUUCAGCAAAGUUUCAGGAUACAGAGUUACACACAAGUGUGCACAAAUCCGUAGCUGUGCUAUACACCUUCAGCGACCAAGCCAAGAAUCAAAUCAAUAACUCAACCCUUUUUACAAUAGCUACAAAUAAUAAUAAUAAUAAUAAAAUACUUAGGAAUAUUCCUAACCAAGGAGGUGAAAGAUCUCUGCGUGGAAAACUACAAAACACUACUGAAAGAAAUCACAGAUGACACAAACAAAUGGCAGCACAUCCCAUGCUCAUGCAUGGGUAGAAUCAAUAUUGUGAAAAUGACCAUACUGCCAAAAGCAAUCUACAAAUUUAAUCCAAUUCCCAUCAAAAUACCACCAUCAUUCUUUACAAAAUGAUGAAAAAUAAUCCCAGAAUUCAUAUGGAACCAAAAAAGAGCCUACA